UGCCGCUGUAAUGCCCGUACCGUACAACUUGACAUGCGGUGUCGAGUUAACGGUGUAUUUGUUCUUUAAAACAUCAACAUAGAGCUACAUUGAAUAGUUUCACUACGAGAUGAUUAUUUUUGUAAAAACAUCCGUGCAUACAGAUAGGCUACCUCGCUCGCUAGCUGGCUAACUCAUACAGCUAGCAUACAACCGCGAUAUCAUCAUCAUCAUCAUAUUAACUAAUCUAACAGCGCUCACAUACUCCUGCGUGAACGUUAUCGAUCAGGAACCAUGUCUGGCACCGGAGGUAAGCGAGCCUCUGGAGGGGACAGUCCUCCAGGGCCACCUGAAAAGAAAAUGAAGAAAGAGGAGAAAACCACCACCACUCUUAUUGAACCCAUUCGCAUUGGAGGUGUUUCUUCUACAGAAGAAAUGGACAUGAAAGUGAUUCAGUUCAAGAACAAGAAGCUCCUCGAGCGCCUCGAGCAGAGGCAGGCUAUUGAAGACGAACUGAGAGAGAAAAUCGAGAAGCUGGAAAAAAGACAGGCGACUGAUGAUGCAACGCUUCUUAUCGUCAACCGGUAUUGGACUCAGCUGGACGAAAAUGUUCAAGAGUUACUACAGCGAGUUGAACCCAAGGCUGCUCCAGUGCCUGCACAGGCCCCUGUUAGUCCUCCAGCAUCUGCCUCUGUCCCUGAUCCUGUAACUGCCCCCUUGCCUGCCCCUGAUAUUCCAGUUUCUCUGCCAACUUCACUGGAAGGAGAAGAUGGCAUACCUCAGCCUCCACCUCCAGCGGAUGAGGAGGAACAGCAGCAGCAGCAGUCUGACCAGCUACAGCAGCAGGAGCAGGAUAAGGUGCAGCAGGAGCAGUCUGAUUCAGCAGAGAAACCGUCCGAGGAGCCUGUCGUGGAUGGAAUUGCUGCCCCUCCUCCACCUCCUCCGUUAAGCGAAAGUGCAAAGGCUUUCCUCUCUAUUCUGGAUAACAGCAGUGAAGAGGAGCUCAGCCUGCAGCUGCAGGACAGGAUGCAGUUCAGCAAAAGUGCUGUGGCCUGCAUAGUCUGCAUCUUUGACCGUUUGCACAGUAGCAUUGAUGAUCUUUGUAGCCGUAUUCAAGUAGCAGUAAGUGAAGAUGACGGUCACCGAGAGGUCAUUGCCACAAAUCGCAGUCUACUAGAGGAGAAUAAUAAACUACAAGAUCUUGCUUCCUCCCUGCAAGGAAGACACCAUAAAAUGUCACUGGAGUAUAAUGAAUUGGUUGAUAAAGUAACCAGCUCUGAGACAAAAGUGUCUGAGAUGGAGACAGCUGUGGAGGACCUGCAGUGGGACAUCGAGAAACUACGCAAGAGAGAGCAGAAGCUCAAUAAGCACCUAGCAGAGGCUCUUGAACAGCUAAAUUCAGGCUACCAUGCUUCUGGUAGGUCUGGUGGCCUACCUGGUGGUCAGAUUACUCUCAAUAUACAAAAGUUUGAGUCACUAAAUGCAGAGCUGGAGCAGAACCAGGAACUGGCCAAUAGCCGCAUGGCAGAGUUAGAGAAACUGCAGCAGGAGUUACAGGAGGCAGUGCGGGAAAGUGAGAAACUCAAGAUGGACCUUCGGAACAUUCCAGAGGAGGUGGUGAAGGAAACGCCAGAGUAUAAGAGUCUCCAGUCUCAGUUCUCUCUAUUGUAUAACGAGUCUCUGGGAGUGAAAACACAGCUGGACGAGGCCCGGGCUCUGCUGCUUACUGCCAAAAAUGCUCACCUGCGCCAGAUAGAGCACAUGGAGAGUGAUGAGUUGUCUCUUCAGAAGAAGUUGCGGACAGAGGUCAUCCAGUUAGAAGACACGUUAGCUCAGGUGCGCAAGGAAUAUGAGAUGCUACGGAUUGAGUUUGAACAGAACCUUGCAGCCAAUGAGCAAGCAGGCCCAAUAAACAGAGAAAUGAGACACCUAAUCAGCAGCCUUCAGAACCAUAACCACCAGCUCAAAGGAGAUGUGCAGAGAUACAAGAGGAAGUUACGUGAAACUCAGGCAGAGAUCAACAAGAUGAAGUGCCAGAGUGGAGACAAUGGCAGCAUGCUGACUUUGGAGGAGAAUGUGAAUGACGGAGGACUAGAUGUGAAAAAGGAGGAAGACGAUGACCAAGACGAGGAGGAGGAAAGGAGGAGAGAGCUGGAGAGGCAACGAGCUCGAGAACGUGAGAGAGAAGUGGAGAGGGAGAGGGAGAGAGAGCGUGAAAGGGAAAGACAGCGCAGCGAGGAGCUGAAGAGAAAAGACUCAGACACACUGAAGAUGCUCCGAACAGAGCUCAAGAAAGCACAGGAGUCUCAGAAGGAGAUGAAGCUGCUGCUAGACAUGUAUAAGUCUGCGCCAAAAGAGCAAAGAGACAAAGUGCAGCUCAUGGCAGCUGAGAGGAAAUCAAAAGCAGAGGUGGAUGAGUUGAGGCAGCGGGUCCGAGAGUUGGAGGAGAGGGAGAGGAAGGAGAGUAAGAAGCUGGCUGAUGAAGAUGCCCUGAGGAAGCUUCGUGUGGCAGAGGAGACCAUCGAACAUCUGCAAAAGAAGCUCACGGCCACUAAACAGGAAGAGGAAGCCCUGCUAAGUGAGAUGGACGUGACUGGUCAGGCUUUUGAGGACAUGCAGGAACAGAACAGUCGUUUAAUGCAGCAGCUGCGUGAGAAAGAUGAUGCCAACUUCAAACUGAUGAGUGAGAGGAUCAAAUCCAACCAGAUCUACAAACUGCUAAGGGAGGAAAAAGAAGAACUGGCUGACCAGGUGCUCACCUUCAAAACCCAGGUUGAUGCUCAGCUGCUGGUUGUGCAAAAGCUGGAGGAAAAGGAAGGCAUCUUACAAAGCUCUCUGGCUACUCUGGAAAAAGAGUUAGCACUACGCACACAAGCUCUAGAACUCAAUAAGCGUAAAGCAGUGGAAGCAGCUCAGCUGGCUGAGGACUUGAAGGUGCAGCUGGAGCACACUCAGGCCAAGCUGAGGGAGAUCCAGGCCUCAGUGCUGGAAAACCGCACUGCACGUGAAAGGGAGAGUGGAAACCUCAAACGAGCACAGGAGGACUUGUCAAGACUCCGCCGAAAGCUGGAGAAACAGAAGAAGGUAGAGAUGUAUACGGAUGCAGAUGAGAUCCUGCAAGAAGAAAUUAAUCAGUAUAAGGCUAAGCUGCGUUGCCCCUGUUGUAAUACCCGGGAUAAGGAGACCGUGCUUACAAAGUGUUUCCAUGUCUUCUGUUACGAGUGCUUGAAGACACGCUAUGACACACGACAGAGGAAAUGUCCUAAGUGCAAUGCUGCUUUUGGAGCCAAUGACUUCCAUCGCAUUUACAUCACUUAAGUCUGAAAUGGGAUCAUUAACUCAAUGAACAGUAAAGCGAUGUGAAUUUGGAUUUAAGAGCGGAUGUGGCAUGAUACUUUGCUCAAAUGCCAUUUCCAUUAGAUCUAUGAGUAGUCGGUGCUAGUGACCAAAUAGACAGCAAGUCUGCAGACUGAAUGUGGUGAUGGUGUGACUAUUACAGCCAAUAGGACACAACAAGUGCUUGUUUAUAGCUAUCGUACUUAAGCUUAUAGGUUGUAUUUCCACUUGCCUAAUAGUCCUUUAAAUGUUGUGUAAGUUAAUUAUUUUUUUUUUUUUUAUACAUGCAUUUGCUUUAUGAAUGUCUCUUGGAACCCACAGUACAUUUGCAUCAUUACAGUCUCUGUUACAAUUUUAGUACAAUUUUAUUGUACCAGUGUGUAAUAUUUUGCACAGUGUAACAGAGACACAGUUUUUCCUGCUUGGUAGACCUUUCCUUCUUUUAGUCAUGUGUUCAAUCCAUUUACAGAGUACAGUAAAUCCAAGAUUCGUUUUUUUGAUGUAAUGUUCUGCUCUGUGGUUUCUGACUGAGUGCUUUAAACAUUUUAAACCAGUGCAGACUGGGCCAACUGAACGGCUCAGACACCUCUACUCCAGUGACACCAUCAAGUUUCCAGAAAAAAAGCCAGAAGCUCACAGGCUUGUUCAGUGACGAGAGUUGUAGACUAGUCUAAUAGUUAAAUUCGACUGGUGUAAAGUUUAAUUUUUUUUUUUUUUUACUUUUUAGAUAAACUUAACUUUAUUUCAACUUAAAAAAAUAAACCAGGGCAUUUGGUCAAUCUCAGUGAUGACAGCUAUGAAGAUACCUGUCUUGUUUAAGACGAUUUGUGGAAUAAGCGUCAGUGCUCUUUUUUUUUUUAGCUUGACGUUAAAAUUAUACAUGCUUGACCAAUGUGUCUUUAUUAUCACAGCCCCCAAGGAGCCAGCACCAUAGGUGGAGUUUCCUUCUGCCGUCAUCUGGUUCUUAGAAGAAAAGGAUUUGUUUGCAUGCAGGGGCUUACACAAAUAACUCAGAGAACCUGUUCAGUGACCUACAGAAUAAUAUUUAUGAGUUAUUACCGAUAUCUAACCUGAUGUUGCUAUUUGGCUUGUACUUGAAAGGAUAUAGUCUAAUAACUCUCAUGUAAGAUGACAUUUUGGGACACACAGCAAGCUCGAGGCACAGUGUCUUCAUCAUUGUUUAUUUAAAAAAGGCUAGUAAUAAGAAAACAAUGGGUCAGAAAUGUAUCUUUAAAGCAAAGAAUUCCACAAUAAUGGAGUUUUGCAGCCAGGCUUUUGUUUGAACAGCAGGUUUUGAUUCGGAUAAGCUCUAUGCAUGAUGGCAUUUACACGGUCUAAAUGCAAAUAACAUUGAGUCUUAAAAUGGCCUUCAUUUGAAUGUUAAAUGCGGGUGUCAUCAAGUUUUACAGUAUGAAGAAAACCUUUAUACUGUACAUGUACAGCCAUGGGCUUGAUUAAUAAGAAUCUGCACAUCAGGAACAUUCAACAACUGUGGUUAUUAAAUCAUUAAAGCGGAUAGAUGCUAUUCAUUUGUAGUUCAGUGCUGCCCAUUUAUGUUCAGUGGAAAAAACUUUUCUUUCUUCAUUUUGUUACGUCUGUGUUACUAAGAAACGUGUGUGUUUUUCCUAGUGAUGGUAAUAAUCCCACCCCAGGGCUGUGAGACAGGGCUGUUUGUCAGACUCUGCGCGCUUGGCCUGGCUUCAGCGCGUGGCGUCACUGGGUGUGGUGACUUUAACGAGCCCAUCGGGCCUCACAUCAUAUUAUGAAAAGCAGGGGUCUGUUCACUCUGUCCUCCUGAAAGUUCUUUAAAACCGUUAACAAUGGUCUUUCAGUGUCUUUUUGUUGUUUCAGUGUCUUCUUGAAAGCAAAAUAUGGUACCCAAACAAACACACAAAAAAAUUCCCAAACCACCCCAGGUUAUUCCCACUAUCGCUAACCGGUAGGUUUGCUGUAAACGUGUGGUAACUUAUUCUAGCACAGUAGAGCCAAACUCCUAAACGGGAUGUCCUACAGUGUCACUGAAAAACUGUUCUCCAGAAAAGCUGUUCGCUGUACACAAAGCCAAUCUCAGUGCAGUGAAGAGGAAAUGAGUCAUACGAGCUGCAGCCAGCGCGUGGGUGUGGGCGCUUUUAAAACAAGGCCCACUCUCGCCAUGACUGAUUCACAUGCGCGCUGCACUCCGCUAACACACACACACACACACACACACAGCGUCAGCCGUCGCGUUCACACUUCUUACACAAACUUUCACUGUACGAAGCUCAAUGGAUAUCGACACUCUUUUCCGUACCCUCUGCUUGGUUCUCGUGGCUGGAACCCAUUUGAGUGGAACAAACGCGGAAAAAAGUUCCCCCUGUAAAAGAUCAGAGUUCUUUAACAGUGAUCUGGGUGAUUGUGUGCCUUGUUCUACAUGCAUACAGUUUCCCAAAACUCCCUCAUGUAACACAUGCCCACCAGUCGAGCACCAUGAUUCCUGGAGAGUAGCAGCCAUUACCAGUUUCUCAGUGCUGGCAGCUGUGGUUGUUUUUGGAGCCUUGCUCAUAGGAGUGCUUGUACAUCAAUGCAAGUCCCAAAGGACUUUAAGCGAGCCCAUUGAGGAAACCACAGGUCCACUUUAUCCAGUGUAGGCAUAUCAUCAGCAAGAGUGAAUGGAAAAGAAGAAUUCAAGGUAUCAAGAAAGCUGUUGAUUCAGUUGGCGAUCUGUUUGCUAAUACGUUGACUACAGAGUGUACUAUGAGCAGCAUUUGACGCUUCUAAUUUAUUAUAGUGGUAGAUCAGACAUAGAGGUGAUUAACACUCCGGAAUAUUCAGAUGAUGUAGAGUCACUGUGAUCACAGAAACCUCAGAGACUUUGUCCUUCACUGUGUGAGCUUUCUUAAGGUGCUUUUUGAGUAGACUCCUGUACAUCAGCAACAAUCAGAUGCCUUAUUGCCGAGAAACUGAGAAAAAUGGUUUUUGGACCUCUAUUUUUUUAAAAGGCAUUAUUAUUUUUUUAUUUUUUUUUUUAGAGUUUAUUGUGAACGCCCUUAUUCUGCUUUUAUGAGCAUUAAUGCCCCCAAUGUUUUUGAAUGUCCUUUUUUUUAAUCCAGUGAAAACUGCCAUAUCCUUCUAGAACUGUACUAUAGAAGUGGCUGUUUGCCACAGAGAAAUACCUUUUGUACAGAAACUGUUUACCUCCACAUUAGAUUUAUUUUGGCCUAUUGAAUGUAAUGUGUAAUCAAUAUUUUGUAGAUAAACUUUGUAUAUAUUUGUGUCCUAUGCACUGUUAGGAUGUAGCCAUUGUAGUGCUCAGAAUGUUAUAUACUGCCUUUAGUAGCUCUGUCAGUCGGUAGGGUCUGGAGGUUAGGGGAAAUUUCCUGCCAUGGUUUGGAUUAAUUUCUAUGUUCACAGGAGUGGUGUUAUGCAGAAUGACCCUAUCUACAGAGCAUAAGUACUCACUGAAUGUUUCAGUGAGUAUGAAAAUGAUCAAAAUCCUAUGCUAUGGCUUUUGCUGACACUCAAACUAAUUAAAUAUGACUUUUAAAUUGAUUCUUUGUGAUUUUGAACAGAGAACGUCCCCCAAGUUCCAGAAAGCUUUUGUGUGCCAGGAUAUGUCCCAGAACCUUGCUAAGAUAUGUUUUAAGAUAAGUUUUUCCUUUGAAUUAGUCUUUAUCUCAUCCUGAAAAGCUACUACACAUGAGGAUAGGAUGUGACUGACUAAGCUACAAGCAGUAAACCUAAAUCCAGACUCCAUAUUAAAAUACAUCCCUUUUAUGUUGCUGAUGCUGCCAUUCCAUUUUGAUGUAUUACAAUAGAUUACAUGUAGCUGAUAUCUCAGUCAAGUCUUAUGGUCAGUGAAUUAAAUGUACAUUUGUUGCUGACAAGUGUUCAGUCAACCAGCAAGCCACCAGUAGAGUGUACAAUGGACAUAGCAUGCUUCAGACAGACGCUGCUGAAAUACUAAGAAGCCCAUUGGUAGUCGGCGUCCGUUGGACGGUAUAACAAAGAUAGUGGUAAAGCCAAGAUGCAACAAUUAUGCAGUAUUAUACUACUUUUAUUUUUUUUUUUUUUUUGCUGGUCACUGUUAUGGCAUUAGAUCAAGUGAGAAUUAAGGCCAGAGUUUGCCCCUUUUGAAAUGUUUUACCUGAUGAUGGACUGUCAAACAGCCUAAGUGUUUAUAGGCAAUAAACUGAGACAACUGUUGCAUAUUCAUGUGUAUGUAAAAGCAUGACAUUUCUAAAUGUUUUAAGUUAAUAAAGAAUGUAUAUAAAGGA